ACCUUCAAGGAAAAACUUGAAAUUUAUUCCACGCACCCAAAGCGCAUGAUACCUAAUCCAAACCCGGUCCAAAGUUCCAUCCUGACCCUAGGCACCGGUAAUUGUCAUUUGUGAUAAUGGCUUCCCACUGGGAGGAAUUUUACGCCACACACUUGCCUCCCACAGACUUCGAAGACAAUCGAAUCCUCCUCAAAGAGUUCUGCGCCCGCCACAACACCGCCUGCGAACGAAUCGUCCUAAUCACAUCAGGGGGCACAACGGUCCCCCUCGAACACAACACCGUGCGGUUCGUCGACAACUUCAGCGCGGGAACCCGAGGAGCCGCGUCCGCCGAAUACUUCCUAGAGCACGGUUACGUCGUCAUUUUCAUGCACAGACUCAAAUCCUUGGAACCCUUCACCCGCCAAUUCAGCGGCCAAAAAUUCAUGGACAUGUUGGAACUGCACGAACAAGGGCCUAACACUGCCAUCACAGUGAAACCAGAUAGUGUGGAUGUUCUGGCGCCGGUGUUAGCCAGUUACAAAAACGUACAAGAAGGUGGAAGGAUUCUAUAUGUGACGUUUACGACUGUGUCGGAUUAUUUCUGGCUGCUGAGGGCGGCUUGUGAGUGUCUGGCGGUGUUUGAGACGAGGGCGUUGUUGUUCCUGGCGGCCGCCGUUUCAGAUUUUUAUGUUCCGUCGAAUGAAAUGCCAACGCAUAAGAUUCAAUCAGGGGCGGGGGCUCCUACCAUCCAGUUACAGUUAGUGCCAAAGAUGCUGGCGCCUUUAGUUAAUUUGUGGGUGCCUCAUGCUUUCGUAGUUUCUUUUAAAUUGGAAACUGAUGAGAGUAUUCUCAUCGUGAAAGCGAGGGACUCGUUAAAUAAGUAUAAGCAUAAGUUAGUAAUUGGCAAUAUGCUUCAAACAAGACGACAAAAAGUAGUUUUCGUGACAAAAGACAGCAGCUACGAAGUGUCUCUAACCCGAGAACAAAUGCUCAACGGAAUGGAAAUCGAAGAUCCCAUUGUAUCGAACGUCAUAGCCAGUCAUUCUGAAUUCCUUAAAACACACCAGUAUUAGACGAUGGAUGGGCUCAAUGGUAGGUGUUUAGGUAUGGGUCAUAUAUAAUCAAUGCAUCAGGGUAACUAUAACCAACAAUCGUUAGAAAAUAAAAAAAAACUAUGGGAGAGUUGUCAAUGUGUUGUGUUCAUUUAUUUAAAUUAUUAAAAUGUUAAUGUGAUAGAGAUUCGUUUGUACUCCAACACAUAGACAAGCCUCGUCGACCAUUUUUACAUAUCUUUUGCCUAAUACCUGGUAAUUUCUGGGUUUCGUUGACUGAAACAAUUAGACAAUUUUUUGAUAGUGUGGACCACGAUAUAAUUGGCACAGGGUGAGGUUUUUUCAUUUAGUAAUAGUAAAACGCAGCGUAGCUGGAGAUACAUGAACGUAACAAUUUAAAGCAGAGGGAACAAAAA